AUGCACCACCGGACUGGAAUAUGUACCACCGGACUGGAAUAUGCACCACCGGGCUGGAAUAUGCACCACCGGACUGGAAUAUGCACCACCGGACUGGAAUAUGUACCACCGGACUGGAAUAUGCACCACCGGACUGGAAUAUGCACCACCGGGCUGGAAUAUGCACCACCGGACUGGAAUAUGUACCACCGGACUGGAAUAUGCACCACCGGACUGGAAUAUGCACCACCGGACUGGAAUAUGUACCACCGGACUGGAAUAUGCACCACCGGACUGGAAUAUGCACCACCGGACUGGAAUAUGCACCACCGGGCUGGAAUAUGCACCACCGGACUGGAAUAUGCACCACCGGACUGGAAUAUGCACCACCGGACUGGAAUAUGCACCACCGGGCUGGAAUAUGCACCACCGGACUGGAAUAUGUACCACCGGACUGGAAUAUGCACCACCGGACUGGAAUAUGCACCACCGGACUGGAAUAUGCACCACCGGACUGGAAUAUGCACCACCGGACUGGAAUAUGCACCACCGGACUGGAAUAUGCACCACCGGACUGGAAUAUGCACCACCGGACUGGAAUAUGCACCACCGGACUGGAAUAUGCACCACCGGACUGGAAUAUGCACCACCGGACUGGAAUAUGCACCACCGGACUGGAAUAUGCACCACCGGACUGGAAUGUGUACCACCGGACUGGAAUAUGUACCACCGGACUGGAAUAUGCACCACCGGACUGGAAUAUGCACCACCGGACUGGAAUAUGCACCACCGGACUGGAAUAUGCACCACCGGACUGGAAUAUGUACCACCGGACUGGAAUAUGCACCACCGGACUGGAAUAUGCACCACCGGACUGGAAUAUGCACCACCGGACUGGAAUAUGCACCACCGGACUGGAAUCAACACCUUGUGAAGCAUAAAAUCAAAAUUUAA